AUGCUACAGAAUAUCGAUGUCGCAUGGAUGUUGUUAAACAAAACGGUUUACGGUGGUGCGGUGAGAAAAGGCAUUGAUACCUCCAUUGUUGUCACCCAAAGGCUGGUCACCGGAGUGCUAACCAUCGUUGGACCAUCGGACUGUGGUGUAUUGGUUGUGACGGUCGACGAUGGUUGUGGUGAAGUAGUGUUAGUGAUGUCCGCUUCUAACGACAUCAUGGAUUCGACUGGGCUUCCCGACAUGUUACUCGCUUCACUGGUGCCUUCUUUCGUCAUCUUCAAGGUUGAUGAUGUGUGGUUUCCAGUUGCUUGUGGUCACUCACCGGAUAGCGCCAAAUGA